AUCUACCCCUGUCUUCUCCAUUCAAUCGUUCAUCCUUUCUUUCCUCUGAUCCUCUCUACUGUCCCCUUUCAACCUGUCAUCGCCGCGUCCACCGCAGCGUCGCACCCCGCCGUUGCGCUACGGCUCCUCGGCCUCCUCGCCGGACAUCGCUCUCCGGAUGUGAGGACUGAGGCGCCGCCGGAUCCAACAGCAGCAAGCAAGCCCUGUCUACAGCCUUCCAAUCCUUACUGCGUCCUGGCAUCCUGCUUGUCUAGGGAUUGUUCUUGCUGUAUGCCAGAGCUGAGAGGAGAGAGAAAGGGAGGGGAAGAAAGAAGAGGAUGAGGAGGAACAAGAGAAGGUAAUUUGGUUUGGAAAUCGAAGUGAAAGGGUAAGUAGUGGUAUAUCCCAAAUACUUGUUAAAUUAUAAUGGUACGGAUCCAAUUAGCCCUAUUUUUAAACAGAGGGAGUAUCUAAUAUGUCUUGACGCCCAUUCUGCAAAAUUAAUAUAGCUAUCAUGCAAGGGCAAAAGAUUUCACAUGCUUGUUUUGACUUGUAUUUUUGGUGUAGGAGCAAUUAAGAAAGGCAAGUCCUCAGAAAAAGGAAAUACCUGAUUAUUAAUUUUUCAUGCAGAGUUGGUUAAUUGGUCAUGAAGUUUACCACAAUCCGGCAGUAUCUGUUGGUGCUUAUGGCUAGCAGUAUAAUCAAAAUCAUGUGCAGCUCAUUAUAUGGGAACGAGACAGAUCGACUCUCACUACUUGAGUUCAAGAAGGCAAUCAGUAUGGAUCCACAGCAAGCCCUGAUGUCCUGGAAUGACAGUAAUUACUUUUGCAGCUGGGAAGGUGUCUCCUGCAGGGUGAAAACUCCACAUCGCGUUAUCUCUCUAAACCUCACAAAUAGAGGAUUAAUUGGGCAGAUGUCUCCUUCUCUUGGAAACCUAACAUUCCUCAAAUUUCUCUUUCUACCUGCAAAUUCAUUUACUGGAGAGAUCCCUCAGUCCCUUGGCAAUAUGCAUCACCUGCAAAUUAUCUACUUGAGCAACAACACAUUGCAAGGAAAGAUACCUAAUCUUGCAAACUGUUCCAACCUCAAGGUGCUAUGGCUGAAUGGAAACAAUCUGGUAGGACAAAUCCCUGCAGAUUUGCCUCAACGCUUUCAAAGCUUGCAACUCUCAAUCAACAGUCUUACUGGACCCAUCCCUGUUUAUGUUGCCAAUAUCACAACGCUGAAAAGGUUUAGUUGUCUGUAUAAUAACAUCGAUGGCAACAUACCAGAUGAUUUUGCAAAGUUACCUGUGUUAGUAUACUUGCAUCUGGGUGCAAAUAAAUUGGCAGGUCAGUUUCCACAAGCUAUCCUGAAUCUUUCUACUCUUGUUGAACUUACCCUUGCUUCCAAUCAUCUGAGCGGAGAGUUGCCGUCCAAUAUUGGUGACUCUGUACCAAAUCUCCAAAAGUUCCAAUUGGGCGGCAACUUCUUUUAUGGGCAUAUCCCAAAUUCAUUGACAAAUGCUUCCAAGUUAAAUCUGAUCGAUAUAUCAAUCAAUAGUUUCACUGGGGUUGUGCCUAGAUCCAUUGGCAAACUUACCAAACUGUCUUGGUUAAAUCUUGAGCUGAAUAAAUUCCAUGCACAUAGCCAGAAAGAUCUGGAGUUUAUGAACAGCUUAGCCAACUGCACUGAGCUACAAAUGUUCUCCAUAUAUGGUAAUCGCUUUGAAGGCAAUGUGCCAAAUUCUUUUGGAAACCAUUCCACUCAACUGCAGUACAUACACAUGGGAUUAAAUCAGUUCUCAGGAUUAAUUCCUUCUGGUAUAGCAAACAUUCCCAACUUGAUUGCUUUAGAAUUGGGUGGUAAUCUGUUUACAACUGUGAUUCCAGAUUGGCUUGGAGGUCUCAAAAGCUUGCAGACCCUAAGUUUAUUUAACAAUUUAUUCACUGGACCCAUUCCACCAUCUCUGUCCAAUUUAUCUAAUUUGGUAGAACUUGGUCUAAGCACAAACCAGCUCGAUGGGUACAUACCACCAAGCUUGGGAUACCUCCAAGUGCUUGAGGAAUUUACUAUUUCCCAUAACAAUAUUAAUGGUUGGGUACCAAACGAAAUCUUCGGUAUUCCAACAAUAUCAUUAAUUUGGCUAUCAUUCAACUAUUUAGAGGGAGAACUUCCUUCUGAAGUAGGCAAUGCCAAGCAGCUCAUGUACUUGCACCUUACAUCUAAUAAACUGUCUGGAGAUAUUCCAAGUACUUUGGGUAACUGCGAAAGUUUGGUAGACAUCAAGUUGGACCAGAAUGUUUUUACUGGAAACAUUCCCAUAACAUUAGGCAACAUAAGUAGCCUAAGAGGGCUUAACUUGUCUCACAAUAACUUAAGUGGGACAAUACCAGUGUCUCUUGGUGACCUAGAACUUCUUCAACAACUAGAUUUGUCUUUCAACCAUCUUACAGGUCAUGUCCCAACAAAAGGAGUGUUCAAGAAUACGACUGCCAUACAAAUUGAUGGGAAUCAGGGGCUUUGUGGUGGUAUACCAGAGUUACACCUGCUUGAAUGUCCUGUCAUGCCUUUGAAUUCAACCAAGCACAAGCAUUCUGUUGGACUGAAAGUAGUGAUCCCAUUAGCCACAACAGUGUCACUUGCUGUAACAAUAGUAUUUGCCUUGUUUUUCUGGAGAGAAAAACAGAAGAGGAAAUCUGUAUCUUUGCCCUCAUUUGAUAGCAGCUUUCCCAAAGUCUCUUACCACGAUCUUGCUAGAGCAACAGAUGGAUUCUCGGCAUCUAAUUUAAUUGGCAGGGGAAGAUACGGUUCUGUAUAUAAAGCACAACUGUUUCAGGGUAGAAAUGUUGUUGCUGUCAAAGUCUUCAGUCUAGAGACAAAGGGAGCACAAAAGAGCUUCAUUGCAGAAUGUAAUGCUUUGAGAAAUGUGCGGCAUCGCAAUCUAGUUCCUAUCCUUACUGCGUGCUCAACUAUUGAUUCCAGGGGAAAUGAUUUCAAAGCCUUAGUGUAUAAGUUCAUGACACGUGGUGACUUGUAUGAGUUACUAUACUCAACUGGUGAUGAUGAGAACACUUCAACUUCAAAUCAUAUUACACUGGCUCAGAGGUUAAGCAUUAUAGUGGAUGUAGCAGAUGCAUUGGAGUACCUCCAUCACAAUAACCAAGGAACUAUUGUCCAUUGUGAUCUUAAGCCUAGCAAUAUUCUCUUGGAUGAUAAUAUGACAGCUCAUGUUGGGGAUUUUGGGCUUGCAAGAUUGAAAAUUGAUUCAACAGCAUCAACUUCUGCUGAUUCAACUUCUUCAAUUGCAAUAAAGGGCACAAUUGGAUACAUUGCUCCAGAGUGUGCAUCAGGUGGUGGUCAAGUUUCAACUGUUGCAGAUGUUUAUAGCUUUGGGAUUAUUCUUCUUGAAAUAUUUCUACGGAAGAGACCAACAGAUAAUAUGUUCAAGGAUGGUCUGGACAUCGCAAAAUAUGUUGAGAUGAACUCUCCAGAUAGAACACUAAAUAUUGUUGAUCCAGAAUUACUAGACGACAAACAAUUGCAAGAAAUUCCUGUAACCAUGAAGGAAAAAUGCAUUGAGUGUUUAGUUUCAGUGCUAAACACAGGACUUUGCUGCGUUAAGAUAUCCCCUAAUGAGCGCAUGGCAAUGCAAGAAGUGGCUGCAAGGUUACAUGUCAUUAAGGAGGCAUAUGCCAAAGCAAUCUCUGAUUCGCAGGCAGUUAUCAGCGACAAAACUUAGUCGCUGACGAAGUAGAACAUCCGGCACAUGAGGUUGCAUGCUGUUUUUUUCUCUCGUAUUUAUUGUAAGGAUUCUGACGUAAUCUGAUGGAGAAAGCAGGCAUGCAUGCUUGCAGUAGCAAAUAUGUUAUGCUUUUUCCACUGAAAGUUAUAAAUAAAUUUGGCUUUGUGACAUUAUUGAAUUAUAAUUAUGAGAAACUGGAUAUAUUUUGUAUUGUUGCCAAAAAUGAUGACAUUUUCCUCCCACAAUUUAUUCUAAAGGUUGCCAGUAACUUCUC